GUAGAUACAUAAUACUUUAACGAGAUAACGAAAUUGAGGUUCAUUUAUGGCUGUAUGGGCUUGAAGCUUUUGCCUGUCAUAAUAAAGGACGACGAAGAAAAAACCAUAGUAAUUAGUAAACAAAGUACAAACAUAAAAAUUAUAGGAAGUAACAAGUGACGAUAUAAGCGUGUUGAAGACUGCAGUAAACUUGUAAAAUAUUAUGGGUGAAGAAGAGCAACCAAGCGUUGAAGAAACCAACAAGAAAAGAUAUAGAAAAAAGCGUAAGAACUUUCUGAGUAACGCCAAGAAAUAUGCAAAGAAAGGCCAAAUGGGACGUGGUACAAAAAUAUCUGAAGAAUUGUAUCAAUAUUUUGUAGGUAUUCUAGACGUUAUUAAGCAAGGUGUCCAAGAUCCUGAUGAAAGAGAAGCUUUAGUAAAAAAUGUCCUUGAAAGGACAAAAGGAGAGGAGUUAAAUGUUGUUGGUAAUCAACUUGGAUGCCGUUUAGUUGAGCUGCUGCUACCAUACUCAUCAUCUGAAGAUUUGGAAAGGUUUAUUGAUGUGCUUUCACCGGAACUGCGUAGGCUAUGUGCUGACAACUUCUCUAGUCAUGUAGUUGAAACUCUAUUGAGAGUUUCAUGUGCCAGGGCUACAGAGCACCUUCAAAACGAGUCUGAUGAAGAAGUACCAAAGAAGAAGAAGAAAAAAACUGAUGCAAAAUACACAGAUGAACAUGUACAAGUAUGUCAUGAAUUCACACUUAAAAUUUGUAAAUAUGCACUUAACAAUUUGGAAGAUUUCGUUUGGGAUAAUUAUGCAAAUCAUAUUUUGCGAAGUGCACUCAAGUGUUUGAGUGGGAUCACCUUAUUGCCUGGAGAAAAACCAAAAGUUAAUAUGUUUCGUGAACCUGUCCAAGCAAAUAAAGGAGUGCCACCACAUUUAACGGAUUUGGAAUACAAAAUGGUGCCUGACGAAUACAAAGAUAUUGUCACUGAGUUUGCAAAUAGGUUAAUUGCAUGGCCCCAGUUUAAAGAUAUGGCAUACCAGAGUAUAACAUCAGGGCUUCUACAAGUGUUGUUGUGUGCUGUGAAAAAUGUAGAUAAAAAGAUAACAAAGAAUCUUUUGAUUAAAUUGCUUGACGAAAGUUUUGCUCCGGAGAAUUGGAUGAAUAAUGAUGGUAAUGAUGAAAAAAGUGAAGAAAAGAAAAUUAAUGUUGAUGAGAAUACAGAUGUUACGGAGAAUGAUGAGACAAACAAUUUGCCACCAGUUUUUACAUCAGAGCCUGCUGUGAGGUUAUUAGAAGUGGCAUUGUUUGUUGCUAAGAAAAAGACAUAUACACAGAUCUACGCCCGGUGCUUCAUUAACUGUCUCGGUCAGUUGGCUACAAUGAAAAUGUUAAAUUUUACAGUUCAAAGGUUAACUGACAACUGCCAGAUUAAAGAAGAGUUUGAGCCAAUGUUCGAUGAGCUGAGUCCAAAGUUUGGUGCAUUGCUGUCUUGUGGGAACACCGGAGUCCUAGUUGCACUCGCCAAAGCCUGUCAUAGGAUGAAGACCAGACAAACACAAUUUGUAAAGCAUCUUGAAGAAGCCCUGGGUUGUUCAGAAGCGGACAAACAGACACAUUUAGCAAGACAGUGCCUGAUGAUGACUCCCCUGACAGAGAAGGAGACAUCCAGAGAAGGAUACUUCAUUCAUGUACACGGCUCUGUUAUACUGCAGACAGUACUAAAGUUCCAGAGACCAGCCAAAGUUGUCAACAGCCUGUUGGAAUUGAGCCCAGAGUCACUUUUAUACAUAUUUUGUGAUGCUAAAGGUUGCCAUGUUAGCGAUGCACUGUGUACUGGAGAAUUUGUUGGAGUGAAGUCGAGAGAUAAACUUAUAUGGAAACUCAAGGGUUACUAUCAAAGUCUGGCACUAUCCCAGUACGGAUCUCGUGCCUUCGAGCAAGUAUAUCAAGUGGCGUCCAACGAGCAGAAGGUGAAGAUAAUGACAGAGUUAUCAGAUAAGAGCAACCUGUUGAACAGCAGCAGCUAUGGCAAGUUACUAGCAACUAAGUAUGAUGUUGCCAUGUUCAAGCAGUCGCAGACAAAGUGGGAGAGUGUACAUUUGAAUAAUAAACAAUCUGGAAAUUAA